GGCGGGAGUGGAGGAUAGAGCUCCUCCAGGCUCAUCAGCCAAGCCACAGUGAAAACAGAGCGUCUCGGUGAUGUUGCCCGGGGGGACAAGUACCACGUGAACAACAAGCAGGACCAGAGACGCGGCCCGCGGCCCAUGGGCGAGAUGCUGGCUGAGGCAGAGGCCAAGGGGGAAGAAGAUGUGCUACCGCGUUGCCUUCCAGGACUGCGAGCACUUUGUCACCAAGCUGCGCUGCGGCCGGCGCGUCAGCCACCAGCCACAACCCGGGGAUCUGAUCCAAAUUUCUCGCCCCCUGUUCGAGCACUGGGCCCUGUCCGUGGGCGAUGGCUACGUCGUUCACGUGGCGCCGCUCGACGGGAGUGGAGGGGCCAGCCCUGCCUGGCUCUCGUCCAGCUCCAUCGGGUGGGCCAUGGUGAAGAAGGAGCGUCUCCAGGACAUCCUCAGGGGUGACACGUACUGCGUGAACAACAAGUAUGACAAGACACGCACCCUGCGGCCGGUGGAGGAGAUUCUGGCCAAGGCGAAUGGCAAGGUGGGCAAGAAGAUGUUCUACAACGUUUUCCUCCAGAACUGCGAGCACUUUGUCACCGAGCUGCGCUAUGGCCGGAGCAUCAGCCACCAGGUCCAAGAUGUAGUGACAGCUGUGGCUGUUGGCUCGCUGGUUUGCAUCUCACCGUGGUUGUGUGCCCUUGCUGUGGCCGUCACGGGGGGCUACGUCUUCCUGCGAGAGUUCCAGUAGCCAAGAGCCCCAGCCCAGCCUGGCGGGACGAACAUCAGCCUGGCCCCCCCGGCCGUGGCGCCACGUCGGCCCGUGCAGCACGCUCCUGUGUUCUCUCCUUGCACCAAUAAAGGGCUUGGCCCUGCA